GUCCUAAUCAUCAAAUACAACAUAACAGUACAGAUUGAAGUGAAGCUAGCCGAAAGAUGCCGACAUUUUAUUCCUAUAUCUCUUCUUGAGGUUAAUUCUCAAAUUUUGUAUUGAUAGGACAGACGAAGAUGGCGAACGAUGAGGAUAAGCAGCAUGCGCAAACAGAUGAACUCGGGCUCGAUCUCAACACCACGGACUCAAGUAGCGACGAUGGUGGUUCGGGCGACGACGAAGAUGAAUCGCCAACUGUGGAGUGGCUGGCCACAGGACGAGAAAGACGAUCAACUGCUGGCAACCGUAUGAAAUCUAUGAUCGCUGCUGAAGAACCCGACGACGAUCUUGAACUCCUCUUCGCCGAAGAUGAAGACGAUGCAGGUUUUACAGAUGUCGGGGAUGAUGGGUCUGAUGUGCAGAUGGACUCAUCAUCAGACGAAGAGGAUGCGCAAGAGAAUGCCGACGAAUUAGAGGGAGAAAAGGAAUUGGAAAAACAAGCGCGAGAAAACAGACAAGCUUCUCGAAAGCGUAAAGCCCAAGAAGCAAUUCCGAUAAAAUUUCGCAAAAAGGUCAAAAUCGCGCCCACGCCUUCAGGAAGUUCGACAGCACCCGAACCGAAACCGAGACCAAAGAAGAAGUCCGAAAGGAUAAGCUGGCUGCCGUCACCAGCCGAUAUGCCGACGCGUGCCUCGAAACGAGAGACUACGAUGCUCAGCAAGGAGCAGCUGCAUCAACAAAUGAUCGAACGUGAAGUCAAGCGUCUUAAGCAGGUCGAAGCCAUGGAGAAAAAGGCAAAGAGGAUGGAAGCUUUGAAGAAACCACCCAUGACACAAGCUCAGAGACUCGCAGAAGCUGCAGUCGUAGAAAAGAAGAACUCCAAGAGCCUAAAUCGUUGGGAAGAGGCUGAAAAACAACGAGAGGAGGAACGAAAAGCCAAAUUGGCGGCGCUGAACAAUAGGACGCUUGAUGGACCGGUGGUCACUUUUUGGAGCGGAGUUGGCGAAUGGGUUGAUGGAAAAUUGAAGCACGUGGGCAAGAUUGUCACUAUCGAGGAGAAGCCGGUCAAGAAAAAACGAAAUUCUGCUGCCGGCCAAGAUUUAGUAACGGAUACGGAUAACCCUGAUAAAACCCAAGAGUCAGCGCAGACCACGAAUAACCCCGAAAAGGAUGAUUCAGAACCGGCCUUAAACAAACCAGUAGAGCAGAAAGAGGAUACACCUAAAGAUGGAGUUACAUCAGCCCCGAUAGCUCCAGCUCCCAAAGACAUAACUGUUGAAGGGGAGAAAACCGUGUCAACCGCAAAUACUGCCACUCCGUUGCCUCAACCUACUCAAUCCGUAGCUGCUGGGACGCCCUCAGCCGUAUCAGACCCGACUCAAAAAGACUCAAUACCACCACCUACACCCCCUCCGCCUCCUGCACCUACAGCCCUAAGUCUACCUCAGCCCCAGCCCCAGAUCCAACCACCAAAACCGCUAGAAACAAAGCCCCAAGAAGUAAAGCCACCGGAGAUGCGACCUCCCGCGACAAGCGUCUAUACUACCAGCAUGUUUGCGCCUCCUCAAGCAUCACCGCUGAUGAAGCCGCCAGAGUUGAAACCGCCAUCUAAUAGCUUUUUGGCUCCUCCAGCGGGUGUCAACCAGAGUGGACUUUCCAUGCCAAUGAUCGGAUACCACUCAACACCUAAUAUGAAUAGCUCAUCUAAUGUCCUGGCGCCUCCCAACACGACGCAAAGGCAAUCACCUCUCUCUAUGCCUCAGACGGGAGUUUGUCAUCCUCCUAUCUCAAUACCAACUCAUCCCAUGCAACCGCCAACACAAUCCGUCUCGACUCCUGCACCUAAGUCCAACCCUAUCCCUACCGUUACACCUAAACCGGCUCCUACCCAGACACCCGCCCCAGUGCAUACGCAGAAGUCAACCCAGCAUGUUCGAUAUACAUUAAAAACACCUCUCACUGCCACAAAACCGUCCAAGGCUAAUGCACAGAGACAUCAACCCAAAGAGACUCCACCACCUCCACCACCAUCUCCACCGGCGAAUGGCAAAGCUACGAGGAACUGUAUUAUCCUACAAAACUUUAAUGAGAAUGCCGUGAAGGAAAAGGCCGUACAGAACCAGAUUCUGUUCGGCAAAGAUAUGGCCAAGCUCGGUAAACCGCCUGCGGCGCCCCGUUGCGUUAUCACACAUCAUCCAGCACGUUAUAAAGAUCCUAAGACCGGAUUACCGUAUUACAAUGCCUACGCAUACCGAGAGAUCCAGAAGCUGGGACGCGGCGAGUAUAAGUGGAGUCGUCUGGUAGGCGCGUGGAUGGGCAGCGGAUCUAAUGCCGCGAGUGGUGUACCAGCUCGGUUUUUAGAUCCGGACGCACCGGGUCCACCGAAGAAGACGGACACUGCCGAAGCUCCCAAGGAAGACGUCGCACCAGCAACACCGGCUGUCCCAGCUGAGCAGAAGGAACAAGUUGUUACUACAAGUGCAGCGCCUGCGGUAGUAGCUACGUCGGAUCCGCUGAAUCCGUCGAAUCCACCUAAUCCAACUUCAACUAAAGCUUUCGCUCCAAUACCGGCGUCCGCUCCAGUUUCAGACCAAAUCCCAACCACAAUUCCAGCCCCUGCGGAGGCUUCAGUAAUCUCUUCCAGCGUUGCUCCAGCGAUCGUUCCAGUACCCAUCGCAUCUCCAGCGGUUCCAGUUUCGUCGACCACAGUAAUUCCUACGGUUCCAACCUCGGCUGUGGCUCCAACAGCGGUGACAGCAGGUGAUCAAAUUCAUAACGGGACGUAAAAUUCUCCAUGAAGGGUAUCAUUGUGAGACUAAGUUGUAAGAUACGUAUCACCAAAAACAACCAAACGCCAAGCGAUGCAGUUUUCCGACCCUCUACUUUUCGUCACCCCUUAUAAUUAGCGCUUCUUUGUCUUCAUCUUGUCGCCGUACUUGGGGAAGACAAUCUUGCUCCUGGUUCUCCGCUUCUCAAUGCGCUUCUUAUCGCUUCGCUUAGCUGGCGCGGGCUUCACGCUGUCGAUAUCCAUGGCUGCGAUGGAUUAUUAGAAACCACAAAUAUUGCUACCUCUUGCUACCUCUUGCUACUGGGAGGAGUUCUUACCAUUAUCAUUGACAUUGACCGCUGCGGCGUCCUCGCCUAUCUUCACCUCUUCCUCUCCAGCGUCCACAAUCUUAAUGUCGUCGCUUUCGGGCUUCGGGGGUUUGGGUUGCGCGGCUAACUCGAGGAGCUUAGCAGAGAGGCGCUCGGCUCUUGCUGCUUCGACGGGGCCGAAGACUUUAGACUUCAGGCGUUGGUUGUUCGCCUUGCGGGUGCUUGAGCGGGAACUUUUCGCCAUUGUGAGGGUUGGAUUGAGAGUACCACGAAGUAUUUUAGUGGCUUCAGAGGUGUUAGUACAACAAACGGGAUUUUAUAGAAUCUAAGAUAGAAUUCAACUGUGGAAUAGCACACAGAGCCUUUCCGAGUAAAGUGACAAUGCUAAAAUAGGAGCAUCUAUGGAUUGUUACUUACAUUGGGUUAUUC